AUGAUCCUCCCGUCUUGUAAGGAUAUCAGGUUAAUGCUUCCGAGUGUUAAAGAUACUCACCGGGAUGACGGAUUUUGUUCUGGUAGAACUCAAUGGCGAAUAGGAAGAAAUUUGUGCAUUCCAAGUAGUACCCUCCUGAAUUGCCGCGACUAUCAGCUGAGCAAGUCGGAUCAUAUUGAUGAUACUCUUGUACGUAGGAGUGAUGGAUUAGUAAUCGGAGUAUCUUACCUCGGAAGCAUUAACCUGAUAUCCUUACAAGAUGGGAGGAUCAUAGCGGUUGAAGCAAAAAUUCAGUUGGAUUCGAACUUAAAGAUAAUUGAAAGCCGACCAUCCUUCAAACUAAAAUCCGUCCGUGGAGUCCCACGUGUCAACUUCAGAAAGUAA